CUGAACCUUGAAUCGGAUUGCUGAAUAGUGGAUGUCGUAAAACUGUUACCUUUCACUUACCUUUCCUGCACUGUUUUACGUCUUUUUCUGUAUGUCUUUUAGUUUAUAAACACGUCCUGUUAAUCCCAGUGGGCAAGUGGAAAACACGCAGGCAUAACUGCUUCUGGAAAAUGUUCUGACACUACGGACCCGAUUUAUCUCAAAUUGUUCUCUUCGCCCCAAUUGAAAUGAUGACUUGCAGAGUAGAAAAUUCAUCUUUUAUCAAAAUGAACACCAAGGAGAAAGAGAAGUACAUCGAAGAGUACGACUUCCCGUUCUGCGACGAGUCAACCAAGUAUGAAAAGCUGACGAAAAUCGGCCAAGGGACUUUCGGGGAGGUGUUCAAAGCAAAAGACAAGAAAAACCCUUCAAAAGUAGUCGCCAUGAAGAAAGUACUGAUGGACAAUGAAAAAGAAGGGUUUCCGAUUACGGCUCUUAGAGAAAUAAGAAUUCUUCAAUUGUUGAAACAUGAAAAUGUCGUCAAUCUGAUAGAAAUAUGUAGGACCAAAGCCACCCAUGACAAUAAGUAUCGCUCGACGUUUUAUCUCGUAUUCGACUUCUGUGAGCACGAUCUGGCAGGUCUCUUGUCGAAUGUCAACGUUAAAUUCAACCUCGGAGAGAUCAAGAGAGUUGUUCAGCAGUUGUUAAACGGCUUGUAUUAUAUACAUAGUAAUAAAAUCCUUCAUAGGGACAUGAAGGCUGCGAAUGUGUUGAUAACUAAAUCGGGAGUUUUGAAAUUGGCAGAUUUUGGUCUGGCAAGAGCCUUCAGUCAAACGAAAAACGGCCAAGUGAACAGAUAUACCAAUCGGGUUGUCACACUUUGGUAUAGACCGCCUGAACUAUUACUAGGAGAUAGAAAUUACGGCCCCCCGGUCGAUUUGUGGGGUGCCGGUUGUAUUAUGGCAGAAAUGUGGACUAGGUCGCCGAUAAUGCAAGGCAGCUCUGAAUCGCAGCAGCUGUCGCUUAUAUCACAGUUGUGCGGUUCGAUAACGACUGAGGUUUGGCCCGGUGUGGAAUCUCUAGAGCUGUACAACAAAAUUGAAUUAUCCAGAGGACAAAAGAGAAAAGUUAAAGAAAGGCUGAGACCUUACGUCAAAGACCCGUACGCCUGUGAUUUACUCGACAAACUCCUUAUUUUGGACCCUCAGAAGCGAUGCGAUUCUGAUUCUGCAUUGAACCAUGACUUUUUUUGGACUGAACCGAUGCCGAGCGAUUUAAGCAAGAUGUUGGCUCAGCACAAUCAGUCGAUGUUCGAAUUCACAAUGCAAGGCAGAAGAGGUGGACACAUGAGAGGGCAUCACCAUCACCAUCAUCACCACCACCAUCACCACCAAGGAGCAGUUGGUGGUAGCACACAAGUCGCAAAAAAUAACAUUGUAGAAGCUGGUUACCAAGACAGAGUGUUCUGAAUAUACUGUGUAAAUUACAAUAAAUAUUUAUAUUUUAAUAAUAAAGAU